GUAUUCGGUUCCUUUGUAAUUAAUAAAAACUAGAAAACUAGGGCAAAUACAACAUUAUUACUACUAUUCGAACCGGAAACAGCUUAGUUUUCGGCAGUAUUAUUAAUUAGUUUUCAACAUUAAAUAGUAAUUGCUGGGAAUAGGAAGUUACUUGCCAAUUAUGCGGGUUCUUGCAAUGUGAUAUGAUUCGUUUUGUUUAUUGCUGCGAAAAAACAAAGAAACCGAGGCUGACGAAUCACUUGUGCGUAUCGGUAAUCUAUAAGUGCCGAUAAUCUAUAACUAGCGCCUGCUCCAGAUUUGAAACCUAGUUUUUGGGAUCGCAAAGUCUAUUUACAUUUGAAAACCAAGUAUUCAAGACAUGAGCUAAGUUAGAAACAACCACCAUGUCUCUAAUGGAUCCAAGUGAUGUCCGCAGCACCGCCCAGCUCAUAUUAUCCAAUGCUCGACAGGGAAAUAGCGCCUACAACUUGCAGUAUGAUAUGAGCCGAGCACAUUCCAUUAACCUGAUCACGGAGGAGUUUCUAGCCGGCUACAUGUCCGAUGGCAGGAUGUCCGUGGUGCGACGAUUCUUCUGCCUCUUCGUCACAUUCGACUUGGUGUUCGUCUCCUUACUCUGGCUCAUUUGCAUUGUGAUCAACGGCGACAAUAUAUUCACUGCCUUCCACAAACAGAUCGUGGAGUACACCGUCUACAAGUCGCUGUUCGAUGUCGUGGCCAUCGCCAUCUGCCGAUUCGUGGUCCUCAUAUUCUUCUACGCCAUACUGUACAUCAAUCACUGGUCCAUUAUAGCGCUCUCUACAAGUGGUUCUUGUUUGUUCCUCAUCUCCAAGGUGUUUGUGUUCGAUUGGCUGGACUCCAAGCAACAAGUAUUCGAAGUCAUCCUAAUAAUAACCUCGUUUAUACUGGCUUGGGGAGAAGCCUGGUUCCUGGACUGCAGGGUGAUUCCCCAGGAACGUCAUGCCCAACACUAUUUCCGGACAAUGACCUCCAACGAUCGAACCCCCAUGGAUCAGCCGGCCAUUCUGAUAGAGCACGAACGACCUCCGCAAAGUGUAACUGAUUUUUAUUCACCGAUGGAUACAGCUCGUCACUCCGACGAGGAGGACGAAGAGGAUGAGGAGUACAACCAGAUGGGCUUGGAUUGCCUGCGAAAGGCCUAUGAGAUCAUAGAGUCCAGCGAGUGGAAGGUGGAGAAGGUGACCCAAAAGGGCGACACCAUACACAGCACGCAGCGGGAGAAAGUUGGAAAGAUUUACAAGUUGACGGCCCGCAUCAAGUACCCCGCAAAGGCGCUGAUGGAAGACUUAUUCUAUCGCAUUGAAGACUGUCCCAAGUGGAAUCCUGCUCUUCUGGAGUCCAAAAUAGUUCGAAAAAUCAACUCCUACACCGAUAUUACCUAUCAGGUAUCCGUUGGCGGAGGAGGUGGCAUGGUGAAAAGCCGUGACUUUGUGAACCUGCGCUCCUGUCGUCUCUUUUACAAUGGCAAAAUCUGCGAUGACGAUGAGGCGGCUCAGCUCAGCAGUGAUGAUGGCAACAGCAGCCUGAAUCGCUCCUGCGAGGGCAGUGUUAGUACCCUUUCAGAUGGGGACUCAAAUACCCCACUGCUGCCCAGCAGCGUGUCCAGCUGCAAGGCGUCGUUUCCCAGCUCAUCCAAGGGAGCCACAACUCCCUUCGACACUCUGGGCAACAGCUUGGGCGCCAAGAGCUUGGGUCCCAUUGUCAAUUUUGAGGAAGAGCCACCGCCACUGGACCAGGACGAGUUCGUGGAUGCCAAGGAUAAGGUCGAGGGCGAGGCGGAGAACAUGACAAAACCAAAUCCACCUAGCGUGGGCAAGACCAAGGACAAAGUUUGGGUUACCUCGGCGAUAAGUGUGCAAUAUGCAGGGGUUCCGCCCUCAUCCAAGUAUACAAGGGGUCAGAACAUUGUCAGCGGGUUUGCCUUUCGUGAAAUCGUUGGCAAAUCGGAUAGCUGCAUUGUGGAAUGGGUGCUGUGCUUGGACCUAAAAGGCUAUAUUCCCCGCUAUGUCCUGGAUGCAGCCCUCACCUCCUCGAUGACCGAUUACAUAACCAACCUGCGCAAGCAUGUCAACGAACUGAGGCAUCGGGGGCGUGGCCGAGCGCCCAGGACCCACUAGCAGAUCAGCAAACUGUAUUUUAACUUUAAUCCCAUUGUAUCUCAAGCGAGUGCUGUUCGCAGCCGGGUAUCUAUUAGAAUAUUUCUUUUUGAAAAGCGACUUCAGUGCUGUAAGUUUAUUGAGUAUUGUAUGAAUAUGUAUGGCAUAAGUUCUAUGUACCUAUAUGCACGGCUUACACUAUAAAUUUUAUACAUGAAUUUUCUAA